AUGUAUCUCAACUGGGCUCACCACUAUAUUCCAAAAAUUGGCGGUGUUUUUUCAAUUAUUAUCAAUUUGCUAUUCAUAUUUAUUGCUCAUGACGAUAAGCACGUGCAUUUUGGAAAUUAUCGAUUUUUAUUGAUUUUUUUCGGAAUUUAUAAUUUAUUGUGCACUGUAGUGGAUUUGAUUGUUCCUACGUGCGUUAUCGACUAUAACUACGCGUUUUCCUACUACGUUGUUGAUGGAUAUUUUGAAAAAACAUCUCCAUAUGCUCCUUUUGUUCUAUGCCUUCGAAGCAGCAUUAUAUCAGCCGGCUACGGAGUUCUGCACGCUCAUUUUGUUUAUCGGUACUUGGUGCUUUUUAACCAACAACUCCUGAACACCUACUUCCUUCCCUACGGCUUACUACUCUCUGUAGCUCACUGCUUCCUGCUCACCAGCGCCUGGACCUUCUCCGCCUACCUUCUUCUAGUCCCGGAGCCAGAAAGAAGGUUUUAUAUGGCUCAGGUGAUAAGUGAAGUUUUAUCACAAAAUGUGCAUGAGAUGAAUAUUUUGAUAGCGGUUUAUGAGGACCUAAGCCCAAAAGUCACUUGGAACUCCAGACUUGGUGUAUUCUUGGUGUCUAUCAUCUCAAUACUAUCCGUACUUAUCUACAUUUUAUUCAGCAUCUUAAUCGUCUCUAAACUCCGGAGCACCGACCUGGCACUUAGCCAAAAAACCAAGCGACUCCAGAAGCAGUUGGCCAAAUCCCUGGCGGUUCAGGCCACAAUUCCCCUUAUCGUAGAUCUUUUUCCGUGCUUUUUUGUGUGGUACAUGCCGAUUUUCAAAGUUAACAUUGGGUACUGGACAUAUUGGUUCGCGUCGAUUUUUAUAUCGUUUUUUCCGGUUUUCGACCCCCUGGCGAUGUUUUACUUUUUGCCGGUGUUUCGAGUUAGGCUCCGACAAAUUUUGAGAAUGAAAGAACGACCUGCAAGGGUUUCUGCUAUGACUCAUACUGAUAUUUCUCGAUUUUUUUAA